GCGCAGCGGGGCGUGGCGGAACUGGCGUCGGGGUCUUCCAGCGGCCUGAGGAGGAGGUGCGUUUAGAGAUGUCUUGCGGCGGCCGCGCUGGGGUGCUGAAGCAUUGGAUGCUUAGUGCUCAGACUGUGACUGAAAAGCCUGAGGAAGACGGUUGGUGGUAGAACUACUGACAAUGCAACCACUGGAAUCAGUCACCUUCAAUGAUGUAGCUAUAAACUUUACCAGGGAAGAGUGGGCCUUGCUGGACACAACUCAGAGAAACCUAUUCAGAGAUGUUAUGCUGGAGAAUAUCAAACAUUUGGUCUUUGUGGGCAGGGAAAAUGACCAUAAAAAAGAAGAAAUGGUAACCAUGCAACAUAUCUGUAAGGAGACAUCUACCAUCCAGUCAAAGCAGCAGAUUUCUUGCACUGGAGAGGAUCCCCUUGAAAGUUAUUAUUUGCGAGAGGAUUUCAUUCACUCUACAUUGAUUGACAGUGGAAAGAAACCAUAUGUGAAGAAACAAUUUCAAAAAGCUCUCAAUUAUCAGUCAUUCUUUAGACAACAUAAGCAAAUUCAUACUGUAUGUAAGUCAUAUGAUUAUCAUCUAUCUGGAAAAGUCUUCAGAGGUAGUUGUGUUCUUAGACAACAUGAGAAAAUGCAUGCUGGAGAGAAGACAUAUGGCUGCCAUCUAUGUGGGAAACACUUCACUGGUAGUUCUACUCUUCGACAACAUGAGAGAACUCACACGGGGGAGAAGCCAUAUGUCUGCCAUCUAUGUGGGAAAUCCUUUAGUCUAUGUGGUAAUCUUAGGCGACACGAGAGAACUCACACUGGGGAGAAACCAUAUGUCUGCCAUCUAUGUGGGAAUUCCUUCGGCCAAAGUUCUACACUCAGACAACAUGAAAGAACUCACACUGUGGAGAAACCAUACACCUGCCAUCUAUGUGGGAAAUCCUUCAAUCGAUGUGGUAACCUUAGGCAACAUGAGAAAACUCACACAGGGGAGAAACCACAUGUCUGCCACCUAUGUGGGAAACACUUCACUGAUACUUAUACCCUUAGACGACAUCAGAGAACUCACACUGGGGAGAAACCAUAUGUCUGUCAUCUAUGUGGAAAAAAUUUCACUGAUACUUCUACCCUCAAACGACAUCAGAGAACUCACACAGGGGAAAAACCACAUGUCUGUCACCUAUGUGGGAAAGACUUCACUGAUAAGUAUACCCUUAGACGACAUCAGAGAACACACACUGGGGAGAAACCAUGUGUCUGCCAUCUAUGUGGGAAAGAUUUCACUGAUAGUUAUGAUACCCUCAGACAACAUCAGAGUACUCACACUAGGGAGAAACCAUAUUUCUGCCAUCUAUGUGGGAAAUCCUUCAGUCCUUAUGGUAACCUUAAGCAACAUGAGAGAACUCACACUGGGGAGAAAUAAUAUGCCUGCCUUGUAUGCAGGAAAGACUUCACUAAUAGUGAUACCCUCAGGCAACAUGAAGAGAAGUCAUACUGGGGAGAAACCAUAUGUCUGCCACCUAUGUGGGAAUUCCUUCAGUCAAAGUUCUCACCUUAGGCUACAUGACAGAACUCACACUGUGACAAAAUCAUAUGCCUGCCAUCUAUGCAGGAAAGAUUUCACUGUUAGUGCUACCCUCAGAGAACAUGAGGUAACUAGCACUGGGGAGAAAAAAUGUCUGACAUCUAUGUGCGGAAAACUGUAGACAUUAUUCUGCUAUUAGAGAACAUCAGAGAACUCAUGAAAUAUGUUCUGCAUAUGGAAGUGUCUUCAGCCACAGCUCUAACCUUUAAAAAAAUGGAAGAGCUCACAAAGGAGUGUAAUUCUCUGACAAUGUAAUAAAUGUGCAAAUGCCUUUAUUUUACAAUCUGUCCCUAAAUAACAUGAUUUUACUACUUUGGGAGGAACCCUGUGUCUGUAAUUACCUAUAAUAGAUUUCAGCUGAGCUCCAGACUUGGGUGUACAAAUAUAGCUCAGAGUUGUAAUAACUCCCAAACCAGAAAACUGGAUAGGAAAGUCUUUACCAGGAGAAGGAAACUCUAGAAGAACAAGAGAUAAUUCUGAUGGAACAUAUAUUCAAUGAAAAAAUGUGAGAAAACCUUAACUUAACAAAGCAAUGUGUGAAAUAUAUGUGAAGUUUCACAUUGUAGAAAACCAGAUGACAUGAAGCCUGCCCAGGAUGCAAUGCUGACAUCACCAAAAUGAAUGACAGAAGCUGUAAUCACAUGACCUCUGUAGAAUGUGGCUGUGGAUUUUGUUGGCUUUGUCUGAAAGAGAUCUCAGACUUGCAUUACCUCAGCCUUGCUGGCUGCCCCUUCCAGGCAAAAAGCCACAGAUUCAGAGGAAGAUUCUUUGAUCACUAGGCACAUCGAUUGGUGCCCCAUUGGGGGUUUCCCUCAUAGCUGGCAUCACCUUUCCUUGUAUGUUCACUGGAAUUCCUGUUUGUGUUGACAGGAAGAUCCUCAGUAGGUUUAAGGGAAGGAAAUCUUUCAAGCACAGGAGGAAUUUGACUAUUGCAGGCCUACUGACUUUCUUGGGCAUGGCAUCCCCAGUUAUUGCUGAAGUUAGUGUUUUUUCUUGGCUCCCCAUUAUGCUGGCAUAGAUCUGUGGGUUUGUGCCCAUAUCUCUCUGUCCUGGAGGAGACUGUGGAGCUAGUUCCGCCGAGGGAAAAUGGUUAAAAUUUUCCCUUGGGGGUGAAAAUUAUGACAGUAUCUGUCAUAAUUGUGACAAGUAUGUAAUAUGUAUCUCAUGAAAUUUUAAAAGUAAAACUGCCCUUAGUUGUCUUAGAUAUAAUGUAUACCUUUCUGGCUUCUGCUAACAUUUCAGUCUGAAUGAUUUUAUGAAAGAUUCCUUACAACUUAAAAUUGAUUGAAUUUGAGUAUCUCUUACGUCUCUACCAUUUUACUAUAAAAUUCUUUAAGUUCACUCCAUGUGUUGUUGAACUAAAAUCAACAUAGAUGCAUGUAACUUGCAAUAUAUGGCAAAAUUGAAAUCCUGAGAAAAAAGACUCCAAGAAAUAUCUCCAAUAAUACCAUUAAUUUAAUAUUUUUUAAAUAUUUCAAAAUUAAAGUAUCUGAAGAUAUUAUAAAAAUUUUUAAAAUCCAAUCCUUUGGGGGAAUUUAUUGGGGAAUUGUAUUUCUGUAUUACAUUAUGCUUCCAUUUGUAUUAUUUCUACUUUUAAAAUUGUAAUCAUUUUAUUACUAUCAAUAUGCUUUUCCGUUUUUGGAGAUAAAAAGAAGCUAAGGGUGAUGACCUUACAUGUAAAAAAGGAUGGACUGGUCUACUGAUUAGUUGAUUUCACCACAAUGAAUCUUUAUAGAUCUGUAAAAUAGGAAUAACAGCUGAUCGUAUCUUUCCUUUCAACUAUUGAAAGUAGAUAUUAUUUGUGGGAAUCAGUAUUUAAUGAUAUUGUGAAAUUGAAUAAAAUGAAAUAAGUUGAGUCUUCUGUGUUGUGUAAAAUAUUAGAACAUUUACCAUACAAGUUGAACAUAUUUCAGAAUGUGAAUAAGCUUAUACAUAAAAAAGAUUGUUUUAUGCUUAUGUGUAAACAUAUGCAUUGUUAGUAAUCUGUGAAUAAUUAAUGGAUGUUGAUUCACAGCCAAUUCCUUGUUAAGUUCCUCUUCAUAACUGACACUAUAAGUUGUGAAAUUUUAACCUGUUUUUGAAGCCACUAUGCUUACAGGCUCCUAGGAUAAAUUCUUAAUAAACCCUAGUGAACAGCACAUAUUCUCCUGGACUUGAUUAAACUAUUUUCUUUGAUGACUUGAAACUGUGGAAUAGACAUUUCCAGAUCUGCUUAUCCUUCCACCCUCAACGUCUCAAAAGGAACAUACUUCACAUUCUGCUUUUCUUGUUCCCUUUUUCUUGUCAUCCAUAUGACCAUUUAUAACACAGAGAACCUCUGAUAACUGCCAGAAAGCAGAGCAGGUGUCACUUUCAGACUGGCCUCCUGCCUGCAAGACUGUAAAUUCUCUCAUUUUCUCCUCCCUGAUGAUCUUUACUUCAGGAACAUUUGAAAGAGUUCAUUAAGAAGUUUUAUUUUUCUUUUUGUUGCUGUUUUAUGUCAGCCUGUUUACUGAAAAUUUAGUGAUAACAUCAUAUGACUAUGUUGGUUAAAAAUGGCCAUUUCAAAAUUUAUAAGUAGUUCUAAUUUAGCAAAACUGGUUUCAUGCUGAAGGUUAAGAUCUUAGUAAGAUUUUCUUAACCUUGUCUGCAUAUUGGACUAUCAAGCCAAUUCUCAAACUACUAUUGCCAUAUUAUAGAAAUGCAACAGACUUGGAUGAUUUGAACACAGAAUAAAAACUUUU